AUGAUGCCUCAGCGGAACCCCCCGUGUUCAGCAAUGGAUCAGUCUGAUCCUGAUCUCCCUCCCAGCCGCUGCCAGGUGGACUGUACCAAUGAGGUGGCAGUAGAGGGGGGCCAGAGGAAUGGGGGUGGUGUCGCUUUGUCCUCCCCAGAGAGCAGCAGCGUGAACGGAGACGGCAACCGGAAGCGUAGUGGUAAGAGCCGUCGCCGUCGGAAACGCUCCACUCAACCUGACAACCGCCCAGCAUCCGUUGCCGUGGAGAUGCAUCCGCCUCCACCACCUGGCCAGGGGGACGGUAGCCAUGCCCCUGUCCCUGACACCCCCAGCACGGUCCUGCUCGGCAUGCGGUCUGAGUGUGGAUCUGUGUGGUUUGACCGCAGUGUGUAUGAGCAGGCUGAGAGUCUGUAUCACUGCUGGUUGACACGCUCUGCCAACUGGGCGAAGACACGGCCCAGCAGCUCACCCUCGCCCCCUGCCCUGGCUGCUGACAACCACCCCACCUCCCCUCCACCCUCACCCCCUGCCCCGAGCCACCCCACCACCCUUCCAGCCAUAGUAGCUGAAGAGCAUUGGGUUGUUGCAGAGCCCCUGCAGCCAGCAGCCUCAGACUUCCUGGCCCUGCCCGCCAACAGCGCCGCCACACCAGACGAGGGUUACCUGUCCCUGGCCCAUACCCCGCCGGCGGCCUCUCCACUGACCUUGGCCCAGGCCCCUGGUCAGCUGGUGAACGGGCUGCCCCGUCUCCCCAUGGAGCUGCUGAGGGGCGUGUGGCUGGAGAAGCAUCUCUACGACCGGGCCGAGGCCGCCUUCUACCAGAGCCUCUGCGGCAACAACCGCUCUCCCAACAGCAACAACCUGGUUGGUGGAGCCUCCACCUCACGUACCAACCCUAACGCUCCCUCAACCUCCAGGGGUAGUGGAGACCACCCACAGAGUCUUAUGGAAGAGGAGGAAGUGUUAGAAGAAGCAGCCAUGGUCUCACAGGGGAAGGACGAAGUCUUCCACUCUCUGCGCACCAUUCAGGAGGAGGAGGAACCUGCUUACAUCACAGAGGAGGAAGGUGUGGCCAUGUACUUCCUGCAUCCAGACAGUGAGAGGGUGUGGCUAGACCGGGGAGGCUACGAGGAUGCAGAGAGACGUUUCUACGGUUAUCACCAGAAUGUACCUGUGGAGUCAACAGUAGCCAACAGAGAGGAGAGGGCUCUUGGGGAAGAAGAUACUGCGGCGUCAGCAACGUCAUCGCCAGCAUCACCGGUCACAUGCAACGGCCCUCUGAGGGAGAACAUCAUGAGUGCAGCAGUAGACUACCUAGCCCAGGAGAAGAUCUGGUUUGAUAAACCUCGCUACGAUGAGGCAGAGAGACAUUUCUACGAACGCAUGAAUGGCACCUCACACCCAGCACAAGAGCUGGGAGCCAACAGCAUCCUGCAGGACAUAGCCCGGGCCAGAGAAAACAUCCAGAAGUCCCUAGCAGGACUGAAGAAUUCACUGUUACCUAGCAGAGGCUCUGCUCAACCCCAGAACCACUAUUCUAGUGCAGCUAAUGGGACAGGAGAUCAAGGGGAACUCGUCACACAGAUCAAGAUCCUGGAGCUAGAGAACCACAGUCUGCACCAAGUGGUGGAGGACCUGCGGUCGGCUCUGUCUAAGUUGGAGUGUCGGGUAGCGGUCCUGGAGAAAUCCCAGUCGCCAGCUGCAGCCUCCAUCCCUGCAGCACCCUGUACAAAUGGCACAUCCGUCCAGCAGAAGAAGACCAGUUCCCCGGUGGAGGAUGAAGAUGAUGAUAUGGACCUGUUUGGCAGUGAUGAAGAGGAGGAUGCGGAGGCCGAGCGAAUCAAAGAGCAGAGGCUGAAAGAGUAUACAGAGAAGAAGGCCAAGAAACCCACCCUCAUCGCAAAGUCCUCUAUCCUAUUAGACGUCAAGCCUUGGGAUGAUGAGACAGACAUGGCUAAGCUGGAGGAGUGUGUGAGGUCUGUUGUAGCUGACGGUCUGCUGUGGGGUCAGUCUAAGAUGGUUCCCGUGGGUUACGGUAUCAGGAAGUUACAGAUCCAGUGUGUUGUCGAGGACGACAAGGUGGGGACAGACCUGCUAGAGGAGGAGAUCACCAAGUUCGAGGACUACGUCCAGAGUGUCGACGUAGCAGCUUUCAACAAGAUCUGAUUCCACCCUCUUCCUCGUCAUUGGGCCCAUCCCACAUGGCACCCUAUUCUCUUUAUAGUGCAUUACUUUGGACCAGAACUCUAUAGGCCAGGGUUCUCUGUUUUUUAUUUCUACCUGGUAGUUAAUUGCACUCACCUGGUGUCCCAGGUCUGAAUUAUCCCCUGAUUAGAAGGAGAGGAUGAAAAACAGAGGUGUUUCGGCCCUCCAGGACCGGAAUUGAAGAACCCUGCUAUAGGCCCUGGUCAAAAGUAGUGCACUAUAUAGAGAAUAAUGUGUCAUUUGGGACUUGGCCAUGUUCCCAGUCCGUCCCCUGCUGCAGUUUGUCACAUGGUUAAUAAUAAAGAGCUUUUGGUGAACUUGAA